CCACCUCGCGGUCCAAUUCGGGUUCAGCCUGGACAAACUUGAACAACCCUAGUCGUAGUCCGAGAACGCCUCUCUACUCAUCUCUCUGUCGCCGAUCUAAUCUCUUUUCUCCCAGUCGUCGUUCCCUUCUCACUAGUCGCGACCAUUCUGUGUCGCCGCCGGCGGGAUCUCGUCUUUCUUCUUAAGUCGCCGGGAACUUUGAGAAGAUUCGCGAGCAUCACUCCGCGCCUCGUCUAUUUCGCCUUCAGCUCUCUAAGAUUUGCUCGGAACCCGGUUUCAAGUUCAGUGAGUUGCAAAGGUUCAAGGCGUCUAAGAGUGUAGUCAUCCUUGUGAUUCUCCAAAAUUGUUUGUUUCUUGAGAAGAUAUAUAAGAUGCCAAGGACAAGAGCGAGUGCUGCAGCUCCUGUUUUAAGGGAACCUGAAAAGAUAGUUGAGCCUGAAGAGCAGAUUGACUUCGAUGAAGACAAUGAAGAUGUGGAGGAAGAAGAGGUUGAAUAUGAAGAGGUGGAAGAAGAGGUGGAAGAAGAGGUAGAAGAAGAGGAAGAAGAAGAUGAGGAAGAUGAAGAAGAGGAAAAUGAUGGCUGUAGACUAAUAGAUUCAGAUGAUGUGGCAAUGAAUGCUGAUUCUGAAGUUUUAGAAAAUGAUGAUGAUGACAAGCGUACUGAGCUUCUUUCGCUUCCACCUCACGGUUCAGAAGUUUACCUAGGUGGCAUCAAUCAAGAUGUUUCUGAAGAGGAUGUGAAGCAAUUUUGCAACUCAGCAGGUGAAGUUGUUGAGGUAAGGAUAAUGAAGGGAAAGGAGUCGAAUCAGAACAAGGGUUAUGCUUUUGUCACUUAUAGAACAAAAGAAUUGGCUUCCAAGGCAAUCAAGGAACUAAAUAAUACUGAACUAAAGGGAAGAAAGGUAAAGUGCUCUGCUGCUCAAGCAAAGAAUAGGCUAUUCAUUGGUAAUGUUCCUAGACACUGGGCAGUGGAAGAUCUGAAAAGGGUAGCAAACAAGACUGGGCCUGGUGUCGUUGAUGUGGAAUUGGUCAAGGAUCCACAUAUCUCGAACCGGAAUCGUGGAUUUGCUUUCAUUGAGUAUUACAAUAAUGCAUGUGCAGAGUAUUCACGACAGAGAAUGUCUGGCCCAAAUUUUAAGCUUGACGAUAAUGCCCCAACUGUGAGCUGGGCUGACCCAAAAAGCGCAGAUUCAUCUGCUACUUCUCAGGUUAAAGCUGUAUAUGUGAAGAACUUGCCCAAAACAAUCACUCAGGAUCAGCUGAAAAGUUUAUUCCAACACCAUGGGAAGAUUACUAAAGUUGUUCUACCUCCUGCUAAAGCUGGGCAGGAACAAAGCAGAUAUGGUUUUGUCCACUUUGCUGAAAGAUCCAGUGCCAUGAAGGCUUUGAAGAACACAGAGAAAUAUGAAAUUGACGGCAAAGUUCUGGAAUGCUCACUUGCAAAGCCACAGGCUGAUCAGAGCAGUGGAUCAAUUUCAAAGAGAGAAGUCGCUCCUCCAUCCUACCCACCCCGUAUGGGAUACGGCAUGGUUGGAACUCCUUAUGGUGCCGUAGGUGCUGGAAUUGGUCAGUCAUUACUUUAUGGAGGAGCAGCACCUCCUGGUGUGGCAAUGAUGCCAUUGCUUUUGCCGGAUGGUAGGAUCGGAUACGUCUUGCAACAGCCAGGAGUUGUGCACACACCACCACCUGCACCACGAACCAGCUUCGGUAACAGCGGACGAAAUUCAAGUGGAGGAAGGCGAAACAGCGGUGGGGACAGUGGUCGUGCCCGAAGCCGAUAUAAUCCUUACUAAGUGAAACGCCAUGGGCUCAACCUCUCACGAUUUCUCUGAAUCUCAAUCGGCCGACUCUCCCUCUCACACUUUCUCCAUCGGCCAACUCUCCCUCUCCCAUUUUCUCCGAGUUUUCCAAUUUUUACUGUCAUCCGUCAAUCAUCCUCCAACCUCCGGUGGCGUCGGCUCAAUGGUGAGAAGAAAUAAACACAGUAGUGGAAUUCCUAAUUUCAAUUCAUCAUCUUCAGUUGGGUCUAUAGGUAACUCAUGUUUAACUCUCUCCUAAAAUUUAAAAUCUAAAAUCUGUGUUUUCUAUUUACAGAGUAUUGUUUAAUCUGUUUUUUUCCUUCUAUUUACGGAGUAUUGGUUUGUCCUGGACUCCUGGAGUAUCAUAUAUACUUCAUUACUUCGCAAGUCCACAUAUUGCUGUUUGUUGGCAAUUAGCAUGCUGGGACAUUUGGAUCAGCUAUAUACUCAUAUGUUUUGACUCCACAAUCUCUAACACAUAAAUGGUGAUUGUGUUGUACCCCAUUAAAAUCGUGCUGGUUUCUUUCUAGGCUGGUUUCUACAAUAAACAAAGGACAUGUUU